UUCAGUUGCAGCCCAAGCGCCAGCAGCGCCAGCCAAAACAAUAAGCACUUUUUUUAAUACUAACUAUUUCGGCUGCCAAGUUGAAAAUUAUAAACAAAAUGUGGUGGCUCGAGUAAAGCAAAAAUAGAAAAAACAAUCAACAACAAUAACGUGCAUUGAUUUGCAACAAAACCGAAAGAACAAAAAAAAAAAAAAAAAAACAUUUACAAAUAAACAAAGGCAAACAGAAGAAUGUUUUCAAGUGAAAAGAACGCACAACUUUAACUUAGCUAUAAGUAGUUAUUCAUAAAGAGCAAUAACAAACAACAACAGCAACAACAACAACAAGAGAAGCGAACGGCAGCAACAGUGAAAGAAAAAAUUCAUUGCAUCUAUUCAGGCGCAUAAGGAAAAUGAGCGCAAAGAUGACACGCUACAAACAGACCGAAUUUACGGAAGAUGAUUCAAGUUCAAUUGGCGGCAUUCAGCUUAACGAGGCGACCGGCCACACCGGCAUGCAGAUACGCUAUCACACGGCGCGGGCCACCUGGAAUUGGCGUUCGAGAAAUAAGACCGAAAAAUGGCUGCUGAUCACAACUUUUGUGAUGACUAUUGUCAUCUUAACGCUGCUCACCAUGAUACUAUCGAAUAGUUCCGAUAAUACCAAUCACGUAGUGCACGUUCAGCCACAUAAGAAGGAUUGCUUGACGGCGGAUGAGUUGCCCUGCCUGAACGAGCACUGCAUCUUUGCGUCGAGCGAGAUUUUGAAGUCCAUAGAUGCGAGCAUCGAUCCCUGCGAUGACUUCUAUGGCUAUGCUUGCAAUCAAUGGAUCAAAAACAAUCCCAUACCGGAGGGCAAGUCCACCUGGGGCACAUUUGGCAAGCUGGAGCAGAUGAAUCAGCUGAUCAUUCGUAACGUGCUGGAGAAGCCAGCGAAGACGUUCAAGUCGGAGGCGGAGCGCAAGGCCAAGGUCUACUAUGAGUCCUGCCUGGAUGUGGAUGAGCACAUGGAGAAACUGGGCGCCAAGCCAAUGAUCGAUCUGCUGAAGCAAAUCGGUGGCUGGAACGUGACGCAGACCGGCUUCAAUGUGACCAACUGGAAGCUGGGCAAUACCCUGAAAAUACUGCACAACAAAUAUAAUUUCAAUUGCCUCUUUGGCUGGGCCAUUGGGGAGGAUGACAAGAACUCGACCCGCCAUGUCAUACAGAUCGAUCAGGGCGGUCUGACCUUGCCCACCGCCGACUACUACAACAAUAAGACGGACAUCCAUCGCAAGGUGCUCAGCGAGUACAUCGAGUACAUGACCAAGGUAUGUGUGCUCCUGGGCGCCAACGAGACCACAGCACGCAUCCAGAUGGAGGCGGUGAUCAAUUUUGAGAAGAAGCUAGCCAACAUCACCAUCCCGAUGGAGGAGCGACGCAACGAGGAGGCCAUGUAUCAUCCCAUGAAGCUCAAGGAUCUCAUUAAGCUGGCGCCAUUCCUCAACUGGACGGAUCACUUCGACAAUGCCUUGCAAAUGGUGAACAGGCGCGUCACCGAUGAGGAAAUUGUCGUCGUCUAUGCGCCCGAUUUUCUCAAGAACCUCUCCAACAUCAUCCUGAACAUGCAAAAAACGGAUGCGGGCAAAAUCACGCUGAACAACUAUCUGAUUUGGCAGGCGGUGCGCACGCUGACCAGCUGCUUGUCGAAGCCCUUCCGGGAUGCGUACAAGGGCGUGCGCAAGGCGCUGAUGGGCUCCGAUGGCGGCGAGGAGGUCUGGCGCUAUUGCGUCUCUGAUACGAACAAUGUGAUUGGUUUUGCCGUGGGCGCGAUAUUCGUGCGUCAGGCAUUCCAUGGCGUGUCCAAGCCAGCGGCGGAGCAAAUGAUUGGCGAGAUACGUGAGGCCUUCAAAAUGAAUCUACAGAACCUCAGCUGGGUGGACAAGCAGACGCGCGAGCGCGCCAUUGAGAAGGCCAACGAGAUCUCAGAUAUGAUCGGCUUUCCCGACUACAUCCUCAACUCCGAGGAGCUGGACAAGAAGUAUGAGGAGCUGAAUAUCACAGCGAAUGCGUACUUCGAGAACAACAUCCAGGUGGCCAUCUACAAUCUGAAGAGCAAUCUGAAGCGACUGGACCAGCCGGUGAAUAAGACCAAUUGGGGCAUGACACCGCAAACGGUGAAUGCCUACUAUACGCCCACCAAGAAUCAAAUCGUCUUUCCCGCCGGCAUCCUGCAAACGCCCUUCUUCGACAUCAACAACCCCAAAAGCCUGAACUUUGGCGCCAUGGGCGUGGUCAUGGGCCACGAGCUGACCCAUGCCUUCGACGAUCAGGGCCGGGAGUACGAUAAGUUCGGCAACAUCAAUCGAUGGUGGGAUGCCAAGAGCAUCGAACGCUUCAAUGAGAAGGCCGAGUGCAUUGCCAACCAGUACAGUGGCUACAAGCUCAACGGACGCAAUCUGAACGGCAAGCAGACAUUGGGUGAGAACAUAGCCGACAAUGGUGGCUUGAAGGCUGCCUAUCAUGCCUAUAUGAAGACCAAGCUCGAUAAGAAUGCGGACGUUCUGAAGCUGCCCGGCCUGAACUUGACGCAUCCCCAACUCUUCUUCGUCUCCUUUGCACAGGUCUGGUGCUCCAGCACCACAGAUGAGACCAAUUUGCUGCAAAUGGAAAAGGAUCCCCACUCGCCUUCACAGUUCCGGGUCAUUGGCACACUGUCCAACAUGAAGGAGUUCGCCGAUGUCUUCAACUGCAAGGCCGACACUCGCAUGAAUCCGACCAAGAAGUGUGAAGUCUGGUAAAGCGAUCAAUUCGAAACUCAGAUCUCACAAUCUAUUUUCCCACACACACACACAAACGAGACAAGUUGAAAUAUCAAAGAGAAGAAUUUUACAAACCGCCAAACAAAGAAGAAAAACUAAUAACAACACCAACUACUACUCGCAAAGGCAAUGUUUGAUUGUCCAUGUAGCAUAGAGAGCUAUUUCGUUACGAAUGUGUGCUAAAUGUCCUUUCGUUGUCAAUCGAUGGGCCUGCAAAGUGAUGAGAGAGCCCAAGGAAUCCCAAGAAUUGUAAAAGUCUAUUCAAGCCCUUUGUGGGAUCUGUCAUAAUUCCAUAUAUGCCAGAUGUAUGAUGUAUGUAGUGGCUUACAGGUCCAUUCACUAGUUAUAUAGUCGAAGGCCAUCUACUGCCAUAAAUUGAAUUGAACUUAUAUAUAAAGUUUUUGGAGAUGUGAGCGCAUGACAGAUCAUAUAAAAUUUGAAUAUGCUUGAUCAGAAUGAUGAGCUGAGUGGGUUUUAUAAUAUCUAUCUUAUUACAACUAUAAAUAUCCGAUUCAUAAGCACAGUCCGAGGUAUCGCCUAGUCGGUUUCUCCCCACUCGAGUAUUAUUAUUUUUUUUUUUUUUUUUUUUUUUUUUUUUUAUACAAUUCAAUUCAAUUGUUGCAGCUUAACGUCUUAGAUUCUAUGACUAACUAGUGAGUGGGCCUGUAACUCAGCAUCUGCAUCUUAGAUCCACACUUCAUGCUACCUUUUUCCAUUCGACAAUACUUCAUGUUCCUUGGGUUACCCUCUAGUCCACAGUUUGAUAAAUAUUCCUAGAGUUCGUCUGUAGCUCGAUGUGAACUGAAUCUGUUUCGCGACUGUGGCAAUUGCUAGAUCCCCAUCUAACCCGGAGAUCCUCACAAAACAAGACAGCCCCAAUUCAUUCUCAAAGCACUUGGAUGGAGAUAUUCCUCAUAGUGAGGUUGCAACUACAAUAACCUAACUAUUCUCGGCUUUGAUUAUCGAAUUCCCUGGGACUCUUUUAGUUUACUGUAGCUCUGAUAAGAGAUAUAUAGAGAUUUCAAAUACUUUGCAAGCCCAUAUAUACGAUUCUUGCGGCUAGCCGUGGUCAAUUUUGAUUUGUAUUAUUUAGUACUAAAGAUAGAAGAAAAACAAAAAACAAAAACAAAAACGUCAGUCAUUGUGCCUAAGGAAAUGUGAAAGAUAAUCUGACGAUAAACAACCUAUUGCAUACUUUUGGGAACGGGCGCUGAAUCGACUUUAAGCCGAGCCGGCGCCAGAGCCGAGACUUAAAUGAAGAGCGAAAAGAGAAACAAGAGAAACUUUUUUAAAUUGCGCAUUACGAACAAUAUCUAUAGUGGAAAUUACUUCGUCUUUGUCCUAAGUUACCUAUAAAAAUAAUAUAUAAUAUAAAUAAUAUAUAAAUAAAUGUAUGUAUGUAGUAGAUAUAAAAGAAUUUGUAAACCACAAACAGUCGAGAUAACGACAUAACUAGCUAUGGAUGGAGUUGUGUGUUCUAUAUAAACUUAGUUAAGUGAGAUUACUACGCAAAGAUUUAGUGAACGAUAUUUGCGAGUGAUCGAUAACAGAAUGAAAAAAAAAAGAAAACAGAAAACAAGAAGAACACAAAUCACAGAAUAUCCAAAGAUUUAUAUAAACUAUAUUUAGAUGAUUAUCAGAGCACAAAUAUGUGUGAACCAAAGUUUUUCCAAAAACUAAGCUUUCUAUGCAAGUGUGCAUGUGGGUGUGCGUGUGAAUGAGCAUGAAUGCGUGUGCGUGUGAGUGCAAGCGAGAUAGAGAGCGCACAUAUUUGGUGCAGUUAUUUCUGCCUUUUCGUUGCCAAACUCUAAAGUGCGAACAAUAUACCAAAAAAACGAAGAAGAAGAAGAAAAAAAAAAAAACGAAUACACUUUUGUAUUGUGUGUAUAAAUAUAUGAAAUAUACCAAAUAUACUAAAUAUACUAAAUAUUCUAAAUAUACAUAUAACUAAAUGUAGAUUGAAAUUAGUUUCAGAAAUAGCGGGAAACAUAAAACAAUUUUUUUUUGUGGCUAGAAAAAGUUCUAAAUAUAUAAGUAAAUAAGAAAAUUAAAUAUAUAGUAUGUAUAUAUGAUAUAUACUAAACAAAUGUUCAGUUCUGUUAUAUUUUGCUUUUGUGUUUGUUUCUUUUUAUUUUAUUUUAUUUAUUUUUUUUGAAGAUCGUAUAUCAAAUGUGACCAUAGAAGAACUCCAAUCAAAUGCAGCUGCAUUUUAGCCUAGAUCGAAAUAUUGAAAUAUAGAACAUGAGAAUCACGGAGAACGCAUUUGCCACAUAUCAAAUCUCAAGUGAAUACGUACUAGAAUGAUAUGUGUGCUUAGUAUUAUACAUGACAUAACAAUAUCGAACAGUAUAUAUACAUAUGUACAAACGGGUAUAUAUAUUGCACAAUGAGAACACCAAAUGUAUGGAAUUUAUUUAAAACUCCUUCAACUGUCAGAUAGUUAGAUAUUCCAAGUUGUAAGAUAUCUCUAACAUAUACAUGCAUCCGAUGGCAUUUUUUUCAGAGCCAUCAAGUCGAAAUACAUAUAUGAAAUAAAUGUAAUAUGCUAAACGGUACCAAGUCACAUAUUUCUUAGCUAUAAUACACAAUAGGUAACUAUAAUUCGAAUAGAUAUAUAUAUACAUAUAUAUAUGAGUAUAUCUAUCUAUAUACAUAUAGACAUAUAAAUAAUAGAUGUUUGCCGAGAUCUGUCUUAAUUCAACAAUCGCUAGGAUGAAAUUGUCUAUGUGACUUGCACAAAUAUAUCGAUAACUUGCAUUUGUUU